GGUGCCACUGCAUUAACCCAUGCUGCCUUAUGUUCAGUAAAGAUCGUUGAUAUGGUACUUGCAACAGAAGGGAAUAUCGAAAGUAUAGUAGAAAGCGAUGGCCGUACACCAUUAUCACAUGCUGCGAAAUAUGGAAAGCUGGAGAAUGUUAAGAGAUUAGUUGAAGCAGGUUGUCCUACGAAUGUAACCGACAAUGACGGAGAAACACCGUUGUUUCUAGCGGUAAACAACGGGCAUCUGAGUACAGUCAAAUACUUACUU